CAAUGUUUGUAUGACUGGUGAACGUAAGCUAAUGUAGUAUUUGUGCGAAACAGUUGUGUUUACUGACAGUCAAUGGAUGGAUGUGUUUGUGUUGUGUCUGUAAUUGUCAACACAUUUACCACUCAUUGAGGCAUUCAUUGCAUUCAACACAACAUUAACUCUAAUUUGCUUUCAAUUCAUAGUAUUAUAUAUUUAUCAUAUGAUAGAUGUAUUGACCACCACUUGAAUCACACGAUGGCAUCGAUGCAGAAACGUCUUCAGAAGGAACUGCUGGCCAUUCAGAAGGAGCCGCCCAUUGGAGUGACAGUGAAUGAGUCGAAUAUCGGACCAAAUCUGACACAAUGGAUUGUCGACAUCGAUGGUCCGGUUGGCACUCUCUAUGAGGGCGAGCACUUCCAACUGCUCUUUAAAUUCAGUCCGAAAUACCCGUUUGAUUCCCCGGAAGUGACAUUCAUGGGCGCCAACAUUCCAGUCCAUCCCCACGUCUACAGCAAUGGACACAUAUUGACAUUCAUGGGCGCCAACAUUCCAGUCCAUCCCCACGUCUACAGCAAUGGACACAUAUGUCUGUCGAUACUGACCGAAGACUGGUCGCCCGCUUUAUCCGUGCAAUCCGUAUGUCUUAGUAUUGUAUCAAUGCUUUCGAGUUGUAAAGAGAAGAAGAGGCCUCCCGACAACUCGCUGUAUGUGAAGACCUGCUCCAAGAAUCCAAAGAAGACCCGGUGGUGGUAUCACGACGACCACGUCUGACAUUCACUUCAUUUAUAUGAUCAUUGCUUUUGUUUUCUUAUAAAUCUUUCUCAUUGUCUGAAGACAUUAAGAGAACAAAAUUCAAGAAUUUGUGAUAAAUUACUAAUUAAUAUAAAAAGAUUGGUUAAUAUAAUAACCAUUUGAAUAGUUUUAAGAAUAG